UGGCGUAAAGGAACAUCGAUCUCUGCAGCACGUAAUUCUAUUGGUUAGUGCUUCUGGGAAGGCGGGGCUUUUCGGAGAAAGAUCGGAGCCGAACUUCUGUGUUCAUGCGAGGAGACGUCACAUGUGAAAUAAUACUUUAACCUGACAGAUAAACUUCUGCUGUCUCCUUGAACCUCUCUCACACACGCUUCUGGACCAGUGAACACAACAUGGCGAACAUCGGCCGGCUCUCCGUCAAGGAUUCGGUUCUCUUUCUGUGCGACAUGCAGGAGAAGUUCAGACCCAACAUCUUCCAGUUCACCAACAUCGUCAGCAACGCGGCUCGACUGCUGCAGGCCAGCCGGGUUCUGGAAAUCCCCCCCAUCCUGACCGAGCAGUACCCCAAAGGUCUGGGACCCACGGUACCGGAGCUGGGAGCAGAAGGUCUGACGGCUCACACCAAGACCUGCUUCACCAUGAUCAUCCCAGAGGUGGAGAAGCAGCUGCAGGAGCUGGGGAAGCCCAAACAGGUCAUCCUGUGUGGGAUAGAAACCCACGCCUGCAUCGCCUGUACGGCCUACGACCUGCUGGAGAAGGGGAUGGAGGUUCACAUCGUGGCUGAUGCCGUCUCAUCCAGAAGCCAGACCGACCGACUCUUCGCUCUGUCCAGACUGAAGCAGAGUGGAGCUUUUCUCACCACCACUGAAGCCGUUAUGCUGCAGCUGGUCCAGGACGCCAAACACCCCGCAUUCAAGGAGAUCCAGAAGCUGAUGCUCCACACGUCUCCUGACACCGCCCUGCUGUCCUUCUUCAGCGCCCUGUAGACGGACCAGCCGGGUUCUGGAGGGUUCUACUGUACAGAACAUCCCCUAGUCUGCAUUAUGAACAAAUAAAAGCUGCUGCUGCA